ACGUAUGUUCCCUGACACGUAUUGUUAUGAAUAUUACGUUUGAAAUAACACACUGAUAAUUUCGAAUAGUUAAUUAGCUUUUAAUGUUUCAAUGUAUUAUCUUCCGUUAUAGUAAAGUAUUUAAUAAUUAUGUGUCAACGAUGGGCAAUUUUACAGCCCGUCCAAAGAAGCGGCGAACAAUGACAACAGUAAGUCCUGUGGUAAUAGCAGCUACAGCUAGACAUACAGCAACACUUAUAUUUUUUCAUGGGCUAGGUGAUACAGGGCAUGGUUGGGCUAGUUCAAUGGGUGCAGUAAGAUCUCCUCACAUUAAAGUUAUUUGUCCAACUGCGCCUACAAUGCCAGUAACAUUAAAUGCAGGAUUUAGAAUGCCUUCAUGGUUUGAUUUACGAUCUUUGGAACCAAGUGGACCUGAAGAUGAAGAGGGUAUCCGUAGAGCUGCAGAAAUGGUACAUACUUUAAUUGCAGAAGAAGUUGCAGCUGGAAUUCCUACACAACGUAUUGUUCUGGGUGGUUUUAGUCAGGGUGGUGCUCUUGCUAUAUUUAGUGCUCUCACAUUUCCAGAACCUUUAGCUGGUAUUAUAGCUUUAUCAGCUUGGAUUCCAUUGCACCAAAAAUUUCCUGUUGAAGCAAUAGGAAAUAAAAACACUCCAUUGCUACAAUGUCAUGGUGAUUGUGAUCCUAUAGUGCCGUACAGAUGGGGUCAAUUAACUGCAUCUGUCCUAAAACAAUUCAUGACACAAACAGAAUUUAAAACUUAUAGAGGAAUGAUGCAUACAUCUUGUGAUGAGGAAAUGCGCGACAUGAAGAAAUUCAUCGAAAAAGUUUUGAAGCCGUAAUAGUUAUAUUAAAUAUAUAUUAAUGUUUUAAAUAUUAACCUUAUUACUUUAUUGUUCUUUAUUAAAAAUGAAUUACUUCCAAUUUUACUGCUACUUAAUUCUAGCGCUUGAUGAAGUAAAGACAGCAGUAGGUGAAAAUGUUUAAAAUCCUGAACAAAAAUCAUAAUAUUAGUAUAAUAUUAUUUGGGGUAAAUACUUUUUUUUCGUUACCAUUUAUGUACAUUAUAAUGAAUUUUGUCUGUUUUAAGAUACCAAAGCCGCUAUUAUGAUACUUCCAGAUUUUACUUUUAUAAUACAUAUUAGCAAUUUUUGACAUUUGUGUACCUUAUUCUAAAUGCUUUAUUAUGUAAAAGGUAAUGAUACUAAAGAGUAAUACAUUACCUUGAAUGCAUUUUUUUUAGAAGUUUAAGUAACGUUAUUUUAUUCAGAUUAUAAUACUUUGUUUAAAAUGAAAUCACUUGGAAUUAAUAACAUAAAGAGAAUGAACUAAUUAACAAGUAAUUUAUUUUUAAACAAAGUUGCCGUCUCCUAAUAGAUGUACUAAUUCUAGUUGGUUUAGUUCUGGUUUAACAGCUUCCAUAAAAAUUUUCGAUGCUAGUAUAUUUAAAUAAAAAUCUUAAUUUGUAUAUUAUAGUGGUUACAAACUUUUAAACAUUCUUUAUAAUUUGUACAUUUUAUAUACGUUAUACGUCAUGUACAAACACUGCUACUUAAAAAAUGACUUUUGUAGAGAUGUUGUCUAGAAGACAGUAAUAUGGUCGUGUAAUCUGUGAUUACAAAAUAUAGUUUUAAAAACAA